AUGGAAAUUCAACCCGCCGUCAGCUCCCUGGUGGGGAGGAUUGUUCGCACAGUAAAGGAUCUAUUGCGAAGAGUGUUGGGAAAAGCUUCUAUCGAGUAUGAAGAGAUGCUCACGAUUUUGUGUGACGUGGAAGCGGUCAUUAAUGCAAGAUCAUUAACGUAUUUAUCCGAGGAUCCACAGUAUUUAGUGCCACUUACACCAUCUAUGUUUAUUCAGGAUAUUAGGACGGUGGGAGUGCCUGAUUUGGAUCAUUUAGACACAACUAAUCUAUCAAGAAGGCUAAGGUAUCAACAGCGAUUACGUAAUGAAUUCCGGAGGAGUUUCAGGGACGAAUACCUCGGACUUCUGGUUCAAUCGCCUGUACGUAAUAAACAUCUCAUACGAGAAAUCAAAGUUGGUGAUAUCGUUAUUGUGAAAUGUGACAACAGAAAGAGAUUGGAUUGGCCUCUAGGACGCGUUAUAGACGUAUUUCCUGGACAGGGUGAUUUUGUUAGAGUGGUGAAGUUAAAAACUGAAAUGGGAGAAUUAACCAGACCAGUGCAGGAAUUGUGUCCUAUGGAGAUUGCUUAUGACGAUGAGCUGGUGAAAAGUAACAAGGCUACACUAGAAAAAACUGUUUCUAAGAUUUUACAUGUGCCUGACAACGAUAGUAUUGAGACUGAAAAGGACGAUAUUAAAACUGUACCUAAAUGUGUUACCAGCAGAUAUGGCAGAAAAGUUGUGCCACCAAAGAUUUUUGACAUUUAA